GAUCAUCGGACGAAGCGGUUAGAGGAGCCAGAAGUAAAACGGAGAACGUUUCGUCCAGGUGGAAGGAAGAAGAGGUGGUGGUGGUCGGCGAAGGGGGAGAGAAAGAGAGAGAAAGAAGGAGAGAGAGAGAGAAGGUAGAAACGGAAUAAACACGAAGAGACCACGGGGAGACCGGAGGUCUGCGACUGCGGGUGCGAGUGGAGGAGGGGGGAUAUACGCGAUACGGCGAGAUCCGAGGUGGAAGAGGAACAGAGAGGGUCGGGAAAGGUGUUGGAACGGGAGUAGGAAGGAUAAGUUGGGCAGAAGAGGGGAAAGCGAGUUCUGGGUUGCCUAUCAGCACUUGGUUCCACGGAGUGGUGGAAGGUUGGGCGGUUACAGGUUGCCAAGUUCUCGUGGCAGCCGGCAGAUGUCGAGUGGUCGCGCCCCUAGACAGGGUCUUCACCCCUGAAAAGGUCAGCUCAGGGGCGUAGCGGUCGUGGAAUCGACGCCCAGAAACGCCCAUCGUCGACCCUCCCGCCGCUUCCUCGCCGCAGACGCUUCGCGGCAACCAACUGGACAACCAGCCCGGCCUGGAUCCACAGCGUCGCACAACGGUUCCGUUGAAACCCGCGUCUACCAGCGCCGUACACAAGGAACACGACUCUCCACGUCGUUUCGGCGUCGAUCGUCAUUUCGUCGAGCAUCGUGUCUCUCCUCGCCCCGAUUAUUCGUCGCCCUCGCCACGUUGACGAGCCCCUGGCCUCGGGGCUCCCGCCUCGGUUUCCUCCUCGUUCCAACGGUGCGGCGUUUGGUGCGCGUUGCCGUUCCGUUCGAUCUCCACACUCUUUCCACGUUCGAGCUGGGUUCGAGGGGCCAUCUGGGUCCAAGGAGGGGCGCGAAAGUGAGAGUGCGAUGGAUUAUGGACGUAUCGAGAGGAGUUCAAGGCGGUACGACAGGUCAGUGAUGCCUAGGGACCUCGGUGAGGACGAUACCACCACGGCUCGUUCUCGGUUCGGCUGUCGGUCCAAGUAAUGAACUGGCGGCACGAGUGGACCGGUUCUCAGUGCGUAUCCCGCUCGAACAGGUAGUUUCGCGAUCAAGAUGGGAGAUAAAUACGAAACUCAUCGUGGCAACCCGUCAUGAACUGGGCUGAACAGUGUCCGUCGGCAAGAUACGCUUUACGGGGGAAGAGUACGGUUAGUGAUUGGGCAGCAACUGAGAGUAACUGAGGCGCGUGUGAAAUAUUUCCAAGUUUCCGGCGAAAAAGAAAAGUGCGUCUCGCGGUAGAAUUGUAUAUAUGCGAUACUAUGCGAUUGAGGAGGUACCGAGUUAAUGAUCCACGGACGGCCGAUGAACGGACAGGUGUCCCGUGCGAAAAUGACGAUCCCUCCUGGAAGCGUGCAACGAACGGAAUCCGUUAGGUAGGUACUCGAAACUUGUCCCGAACUUGUCGCACUGACAAGCGGAACGAAGGAUAAAACGGAGACGAGAAAGAAAAGUCCUCGACCUCGUCGUCAUGGGAGGAUCAAAGUCGAGCGAAGCUUAACUUCCUCUUCUUCUUCUUCUUCUUCUUCUUUUUCUUCUUCUUCUUCUUCCUCUUCUUUCCGAUCGACUCGACGAGGUGCGCAACGGAGGAAUUCGGUUCCGAGACAGAGAGAGAGGAGGAAGGAGAGCAAAAACAAAAGAAAAAACUAAACAAACACGUGGAAACAUGUCGAAUACGCCACCGGAAGCGUCGACCGGUUUAGAUUCGAACGAUCUCCACCACGAGAUCAGGCAGAAUCACCUGGCGACUCGGUUGGAACUCGACGACUCCGAGAAACGCGACCAGAUACGAGCAAGUGACGGCAACAACCCUGACAGCGAUUGCGAAAGCGACACCAGCGAGGUGUUGAGCGUCGGUAGCGAACCGACGCCCACCAGCGUCGUCGGAAUCCGUGGUUGCGGCUCGGUCAGGUAUGACCAGGAAUCGGCGAGCAGCCGUGGUGGUGACUUUCGAGACGAGGAGAACACGAGGACAUCGGCGACACCAUCGCCUUCUAGCUCAACGAGCUGCAACGACGCGUUCUAUCAGAGGACGACUAAUCACGUCCCGGCACCUAGUCCACCGGCUUACAGUCAACCACCUUCGUCGCCCACGGCGUCCUCGGUCAGGUCACCGGCUUCCUCCUCGGCCACCGCCUCCUCCCCGGGUCGGCCCGAGGCUAUUCAAGACGUCAUAGUGCCCAGGUAUCAGUCGAAUCAUCCGCCGCAUUUGUUACCGCGUUAUUCGUCGAGGGAGACCGAGAUCCCCGAUUAUCCGGCUCGUGUCCAGCACAGUCUCAGCCACGAGAUCGUUUACCCGACCGUGGAGAGGUUGCACAGGACCCCGAUCAGCGUUCCACUGGUCACCAGAUUGUCGUUGUCGCCACCGUCGGCCAUGACGGUCACCGGUCUCCAGGCUACCACCCCUGUCCUCCAUCCAACCGCGUGCAGGGAUCCACGGGAAACGGCCUCGUUGAUGCCGCAUCCGGGCCAGCAACACUUGCACCACGCCAACAGCCACGUCCACCUUCAUCAGACGUCCCAGGUGCAACACGUACCCGCAAACUCGGUGCACCAGCACCGACUCUCGGUCAGCAAAAUCCUUCAGAGGGAGCCUGCCAGCCCUGCCUCGCCCGGCCCCAGGGAGGAAAACGGUAGAACGAUCCACGGUGGCGCGAACGGUGUUCAGAAUAAUGGGAUCAAUAACACUACUAACCACCAUAAUAAUCACAACAACAACAACAACAAUAACAACAACAACAACAACAAUCUGCAGCAUCAGGCCGGCUUGAAGUUCAGUAUAGACAACAUAUUGAAAGCGGACUUCGGCAGAAGGAUCACAGAUCCCAUUUCGUUGAAGAAGUCCCGGCCGAAGAAGGUCAGCUCGAGGCCCAUCGACCUGACCAAGGACUUUCUAGAGUCGGCCACCGAGACCAGCGAGAAAAAUAGCUCGGAAACUAGCUCGACGACCAACGCCACGUCCGGUGGCGUUACGACAGCCAAUCCUGCCUCCAACACGCCCGGACCACCUGUAACCGAUCCUGGAAAGCAGUUGCCUUGGCCUGCCUGGGUCUACUGCACCAGAUACUCGGAUCGACCUUCCUCCGGUCCGCGCACGAGAAGGGUGAAGAGGUCGGAUGGCCGUGGCAAUGGCAGCACCCCGGAGGAGAAACGUCCGAGGACGGCGUUUAGCGGCGAGCAACUGGCCAGGCUGAAGAGGGAGUUCGCGGAGAAUCGAUACCUAACCGAGCGGAGGAGGCAGCAGCUCUCGAGGGAUCUGGGCCUGAACGAGGCGCAAAUCAAGAUCUGGUUUCAGAACAAGAGGGCGAAGAUCAAGAAGGCCAGCGGGCAGAAGAAUCCGCUCGCCCUUCAGCUGAUGGCCCAGGGUCUUUACAAUCAUUCGACGGUUCCGUUGACGAAGGAGGAAGAGGAACAAGCGGCGGAACUUCAAGCGAAAUGACGACAAUAGGAUCGAUCGAAUGAUUCGGUUUAGGGAUAGAUAGAGAGAAACUCUUCGUUCCGUGAUCUCGUGAGAGGGGAUGGAACUUUUGAUCGGACCGAUGAUAACAGAAAAACUCCAUGGGAUUUCCAAGGGGUGAAACGAAAGGGUGAUGAGAGAAUGAAUGUUAGUCUUAGAUAAUUUAAUAGGUUCCUCCUGUACAUUUUUUCUUUUUUUUUUUUUUUUGCGAAGGAUCAUCAUUGAUUGUCCGUGACUCCAAAGAGAUCGACACGUUUUUUUUCGUUUCAUUGAGAUUGAGCGAUAAAUUCUUCCUUUCGAUUUUUCAGAAAUAUAAUUCUUACGUUUAGAGAAACACGAAUUUAACCGUAUAAUUCAAUCUGACACUUGCAAUAUUCGGAAUCUCGGAAACUGAGGGAUUAAAUUGAAGGAUUAAUAAAGAUUCGAAUAAUUUGUAGAAAAAUUCAACACCACCGAACGUUCGACUUGUCUUCUAGAGCUUCCCAUUUAACUUGAGAUUCUGGAGAAUCCGCGAGAGGAGAGCAAACGAGUUACCGGUUUCGAAUGAUGGUGAUCGUGCUCACGGUGAUCGCAACGAUAACCACCAUUCAACGCGAAUCGAUGGUUGAGGCGAGGGAGGAGGAAUCGGCACGCACGUUCCUAUGAAACGAGUAAAAAGAAGUUUCGUAUUUAAAAAUUGAGCGAUGAAUAACGGACGGAAGAAUCGCGUCGUUCGUGCGUCGCGAUUACACGUGAAUCGCUUAAGUCACGGUGAAAUGGGUUGUACAGUGCCAUUUGUACAGUUUUCUCGCGAACAAUAGAUCGAAGAAAAAAAAUAAACGAGACAGUCGACAGUUCUUUGAUAAAAGAACCAGUAUUUCGAGGCAGAGAAAAUGAAGAAAAAUCUUCGCUAUGAAUGCGUGACAAGAGUGUUUGUGAGAGAGAAAGGAAGUGUGCGAAGUUAGUUUCGUUCCGUUAAUUUAUUGUAAAAAUGUAAGAUAUUCGUACAAUUGCGAUGUGCAAUAGAAGACGUUAUACAUACGAAGUAUAUGUACGAAGAGAAGUAAAUAGAAACGACUUAUGUAUAGGUAUAUAUAUAUAUAUAUAAAUAAAAGAUUGAUAAAUCGUCGUGUAAAUAAAAUCGCAAAACUUAGCGAGAACGUCAUCUCGAUAGACUGUUUAAAAAUAACUUAGUUAUUUAUUUACCUAUGCUAAUACGGAAGGCUCGAUACAAUAUCGGGCGCUUAUACCUUGUAAGAAUUAUUUAAAGAUCAAAUUAAAUAUUCCCACUAUCAUGAGCCACGUA